AUGAUCGUCAACCACUCCAAGAGGGUAUUUUUCUUCUUAAUGCCAACUGCUCCUUCCGAUUUCUCUUUGCCUCCUAAUCGUGUAAAUGCGUUUAGUACAGUAGAGAGAAAAGUAACCAAUCAAACAAGCAAAAGGGGUCAUUCAAAACUGAACUAUGAUGUCGACAUCAUCUUUUACUGUCGGUUACUUGCCCCAUCGCUGAAGCAUCAACCGCCUAAGGAUCAGUCCUUUGUGAAACGGCAAGAACUAACGAAAGAGAUGCAGACGCGGAUAGAUAGGAUACAGGAGAGAGUAGCGGGUCGGCGACCAACUCCACCGACAUUA